GGUUCCGUCUGGACGUGCUGGGGACGUUUUACUCGGGACUGUUUGCAUUGCGCGUGUUUUCCACGAACCAAGAUCACUUGGGAGUUCGACAGUCUGCAAGCGAUUUCUUUGGCUUGGGAUCAACCGUGUUUGACGACGCCGGGCAUGACAACGACUAGGACGACGAAUGGUUUUGUCUUACUGUAAAGAGCAAACUUGAUUUUACUCCGAGGCGAUAUUCAAUUUUGUUCCCGCUCCGGGUGCGGCAAAAUCAAAUAAACAGACAUAGAUUAAUUUCCGGUUCAGUGCUACGGAAAUGUGAGUUGCUAGACCCGACUGUGGCUUCUUCUAGAUUGGUUUUGCACCACGUGCUUGUCUUUGGAUCGAGACGAUUCAGCGCCUGAUGUUAGGAAACUUUUUCUGAUAUCUUGGCUGAGAUAGAUGAUAUUUACACCUGGACAUAUUUCGACGCUCCCACCGUGAACGGAAGCGCAAGACUGUGGGCAGGGGAAAUUAACUCGUCCGGGAAAUCGUGAUUAAUACUCUCCGGCGUGAGAAAGAAGAUACAAAUCGGUGGGAAACGGUACAACGAAGGACGAGAAAACCCUCCGGAGAACAGAGAAGUGUCAAGGUUUUCCUUUCUGGUUGACCGAGAAAAGCAAACAAUAAAAUAUAAAUAAAUUAGAAAAUCAAGAUAAACUCACCGGAAAUAGAAGUCAUAUAUACAAUUCCAGCCGGAACGAUUGUGUUUCGGUUUGGGUUGGUGAAAAUUAAAUUAUUCCGUUCACGGUUUAAUUCCCGAAAUUGUGUUUCCACGGGAUAGUUCGGCAGUCCAAGUGUGUGUCUGUGUGUUUACGUAUCUGACAACAAAUAACCUUCCAACACAGCAACCGGUUCAAGCUUUCGUGCUGUGACUGAGGUCGGAAGGAAGUGGCUUGUGGCUGGUUUUCUUGAACGAACAUCAACUGCGGCAAAAUAAUAAAAAAAUAAAAAUAAACAGCAUAAAGUGAGAGUGCUGUGAGUAAAGUGGUUUGGUGGUUUUUUUUUCUGCCGGCUGGUUGAAGCAUAGAAAUUUAAAUUCGUACGAAUUAAAUUUCAGUUUGAUAUAAACUGAAAGUGCAGGACGGGGACAUCCGGGAGCGAAGUACAACGAAGGUUCACGUGAAGUAGCAAAAAAAGGUGGAAGAGUGUGUCACCGGGUCGUGUUUUAUGUGCGAUGUAAUUUUGUAACGUUCCGUUGUUGUCGACCAAAAAAGAAAGUGGUUGGCUGUGGUACAAGUGAGGACACUGGUGAGGAGUGAGUGUGAGUGUGUGCGGAAGUAGGUGGAAAAUUUCUUGAAAACCUGGUGAAAUUACGAUUGGUACGUGCCCGUUUAUUUCAUUUCUUCCGGAACACGCUGAAGGAACAUACCUGAGUAAUAUAUUGCAGGAACGUGGCAUCUAGGAGAAGGGCGCUACAGUUACAGGUACGCCCAUGAUUGACAUCCUUCGCCAUUAACCAUUUCCUGUCGUUGUCAAGGAACUUUGCUGUUAUUAGCAGCCCGCAAUUUAAACCAAUCAAUUUCUUCAUUCCCGGAAUGGCUUACUGAAUCAACAAAAUAAGAGAUUCUCGGAUGGAUGAGUGGAAAUACUUAAUAGCGCUUCUGCUGGCGCUCUUAAGUUAUCGACUCCCAACGGUAGACUCCAACAGCGGAAAUGGAUCCAGCGGAGGAGGCGGAGAAGGAACAGUCGUUGGGGCUGGCGGAAUGUCCGGCAUGUCCCGGCCAGGCCGUGAACGAUCGACGUCCCAGGCGAUAGCUUUGCUUUCGUCAGCAUCGAUAGUGGCAGCGUUGGCUGCACGAAAUAGUAACAACAAUAAUAAUAAUAACAAUAACAACAACAACGCUGCCGUAGGAAAUUCCGGUGGCCAUGGCAGCUCGAAUGGGGCCUCGGUCAGUCGUUGUAAUUUGGCACAGUUUCGAUGUGGCAACGGGACCUGCAUCUCGUCGGCUAAAUUUUGCGAUGGCAACUUCGAUUGUCUCGAUAAAAGCGAUGAGCCCAAGUUCUGUACAGCAUGCAACCGAACGCUGUACGGCGAAGUCGGACGAACUUACGAACUCCAACUGCAGCCCCACCAGUUGCAACAGUUUCUACUGCAGCAGCAACAGCUGCACAAUUCGCAAAAUGCAUAUCCUUUCCUGUGCCACCUCAACUUCACCGCCCCCGGGGGGUCGUACGGCGAUAUUGUUCAGCUUAAUUUCGCCAAAUUCAGCAUCGGGAAAUUUCUGCCCAGCAUGGAUGCGAGCGGAAUGUUGAGUGGUGGCCAGCAUGGUGGCCACUCGGACUAUCAACAGCAAUAUCAGCAGCAUGAAUCGUGCGCGGAGGGAUUUAUGACGAUUCGGGAGCAAGGAUUGCCCAACCUGGACGGAAAGUGGUGCGGAACGGCUUCCGGUUAUACGAUCUACUACAGUGAGACCCGAUCGGUUAACGUGAGCGUAUGGCUGGAUCGGUUGCCGGGGUUCGGCGCCGGCGAAGCAGGUGGUUCCGGUGGUCCGGGGAGCGGACUGGAGUUUAGACUGAUUUACAAGUUUCUUCGGCAUAGUGAUGCGAAGCUGAGGUACGAUAACAGGAUAUGGAAUGGUGACCUCGUUCCGGAAACGUACUGCAAUAGAAAUUUUUAUGACUGCGACAAACGGAUCUGCCGAAUACGAUCGCCCAACUAUCCCGGCAUUUAUCCACGCAAUUUAACCUGUAAAUAUUAUAUCAAUCAUCGGACUCCGCCUAGCGGCCUGCACGCCAUGAUCGUUCUGCGUCAGCCGGAUGGGCAUAAAUUAAACAUAAAGGAACAGGCGACACAUCACGAGGCGAGCAAUAGGAUUUUAAGGAGUUGGGAACAAUGCGAUGUCCAGCAGGACUAUCUCACGAUUCAUGAUGGCAAGUCGCUGGAGGCACCUGAACUCGGCAGAAUUUGUGGCGGUGAAGCUCUACCGGAUAUUGUCUCCAGUGGUUCGGAUAUGACGGUGUUCUUCAGGACUUCACCAUAUGACGUUCCUUUUCACCCAAAUCCAGUUACAUUUCUACCAGGGUUCGAGUUGGAGGUUCAUGUUCUCUACGUCAACUCCAACUCCCAGUCCUACAUUCGACAGCCGGGUCGGUGCGAGUUUUCAAUCAGCGCAUUCGAGAGUCAAACCGGAGAACUGGAAAGCCCGCAGCACACUCUUCCACCGGAAAGCUCUUGCAUCUACCACUUCCAAGGGCGUCGUCACGAAACCGUUUGGAUCUCGUUCAUCAAGUACCACUCAGCUAUCGAUCCAACUGGGUUCGAAUCUCCAACGGAAUGCAUCACCCAGCUACGCAUCUGGGACGGUCGAUGGUCGGUCACCUCGCGACCCUACGUUUUCCUAGGCUCGCAUCCGGAAUACACCAGAAAUGCCAGCUUGAUUGAACAGAUCUGUCGGGAGGAGGUACCUCGGCUAUGUUCGCGCUCGCUGGUCACGAAAGGUAGUCGACCGUGUGCUACCCAAGAGAGUUACCUAUCAACGGGAUCAGAUCUGACCAUCGAGUACCGUCCAAGUCCCAUCGGAACGGCUCGACUCUAUGGACCUGCUUCGGCGUUCAAAUUACGCUACGAGUUCGUCGAUAACUCACUAGGAGGUGCUCCUCUGGAGCCUUUAGUUGCACCUUCUGCAAUGCCGGAACCAGCUGCAUUGGUUCAAUUCCACCCAAAGUCCUGCGAUCGGGUGUUCCGGUCUUCAUCUGCGUCUCGAGGAAUAUUCCGAUCACCGUCGAAUGUUUUCCUCUACGGAAGAGGUGGAUCUCCCAACAUUUCCUGUACAAUCCGAUUCGAAGCUGGACUUGGCGAAAGUGUCAGACUCUCCAUCACCCGAGCCCGAUUCGGUGGCCGUGGCUGCCAGAACAUGCAAAACCGUGCCGGUCGUUGGCACUGCAAUCAUCACACUGGACCAAUCGCCGAUCUACGGAUCAGUGAGGUGCCCUGGACGGACAUUCCUCCUCUUCCGCGUGACUGUCUAUGCUCGGACGUAUCAACUUCAAUCAAUCUGGCCCCGCUGGCAGCAAGCAUCGUUGAGGUUCGUUUCACAGCCAUGCAGAUGGAGGUGGAUCAGGACUUCCGCGAUUUUUACUUCGAGGGACGAUAUGAGUUUGAGAAAGAUGGUUGUGAAACCGAUUGGAGUGAGCGACGACUUCGUGGUCGUAGCGGAGAUGCUUUUCUUAGACCAACGCCCUGUCCCGCCUUGAUUCAGCCAUGGUUGCUUGAGCCGGAUACCGAUGGAAGCUAUUUAGUGCUGAAGAUGAAGGGAUUCUGGAUGCCACCACUUCUACACUCUGCUCCUCCUUGUCCAACGGAUUCGAGGAUCACGGUUUACUCCACCAAUAAUCCGAAAAAUUCUCGCGAUUUGUGCCCAUCCGGUCCGGAUGUAGUAGCUUUCUCCGACGGUUGGGACAGUGCAUACGAAUUCAGUGCCCUGGAAAUCUCCAAAAGCCUGAUAAUCGAGUUCAAAAGUUCGCGAAAGCCUCGAGAUAUCGAAGGAAACGAGUACAAAUUCUCCUGGAUGGAAAUCUACCCCGGCAAUGACUGCCCAUACAAAUGUCAGGAACUGCAAGCGUGCAUCCCCUCGGAGCUCUGGUGCGACGGCAAGAUCCAUUGUCCCUCCGGACAGGACGAAAGUACCAGCGAGUGUGACAUUAGACUUCCGCUGUCACCGCUGCACGUGGGUAUUGCAGCCGCGACGUUAACUCUGUUUCUAUCGUUGGCGGCCGGGCUGACGGCUUGUGCCCGAAGGAAACGAGUCGAACAGAAGCAGCAACUGCAGAGCCAUCUGGACUCGAACGGUCACUAUCCGCACCAUCCGGCGUACCCGCACACCAAUCCGCACCAUCACAUGGCCAGCAGUCACGCCCUGACGCCGAUCUAUCUGGACCCGACCAAGGAUAGCUUCUGUUGACAGGAGCUGGAGACUUCGGUGUAGCCCAUGCCGAAGUCCCAGGAUUUCUACUACUUCGCGUUCAAUCGCUAGGGUCGUCGCUGGGGGUAGGCAGCUGGGCUCUGAUCGAUCGGCAUCCCGGGAUAGCUCCGCGACGUGAACGAAUUCUGGUGAUAUUUAGUGUAGUGGCCCUGUAAAAAAAUAUGCACGCCAGUAGGGCUGAUGGUUCCGGUGAUUUCGGGAAGGGGAAUUAGAAAAUCAAGCAAGUAAUCUAGUUCGGAGUGAAAUUGGAGAAUGUGACUGUAUUUGUUUGAUGUGUGGGGAAAGGGACUAGAGUAAACAGUGGGCGGAAAACAGGUUAUUGAGCCAAUUGAGAUAAGGAAGGAUAUGCGGUGUGUCAAAUGGAUGCCUGUUGUCAGUUGCAAUACGUUUGACGGUUUACUGGUAGGUGUUUGCUGAUCGGGCUCAAAAUAAUCGGAAACAUAGAUGUCUACAUAAAAAGCCACAAGAGACCGCUCUAUACGGUUAUUCAUAAUACGGAUGAAAAACUACACUAUUAAAAGGAAAAUAUUUUGUUCACAGCGUUAUUCCACCCGUUGAUAUCUCUCUGAUGUGCGAUAAUGAUCAGAAUCAAUUUCUUUCGUAUAUUUGUAGCGUGAUCCUUUUCAAGUUCAACGUCAAAAUAGUUACGUUUUACUGAUAUAUCCUCAAUAUCAGUUAUUCCUGGUUGUUACCGCGACGGUAGCUCUUGGUUACCCUAUACACAGAGAUGCGUCAAAUGCAAUCGACCCAGCAAGCACUGACAGAUAAAAGACGAUCGUGAACAAACAAUAGUCAUAUUAUAUUCCUCUUUGAUUGAAUCAAGAACCAAGAAUUAUUUGAUUUAGAAUAGAAACUUCAUUUACAUUUAUAAUAUUGUUUUCGGUUUGAGACCACAAUACCCGAACUAGAUCAAUCACUGAUGAUUGUGAGUAGAGUGAAAUUAUUAUUGUACCAUUUUAUUAAUAAAUUUUAUUCAGUUGAAGCUGAUCAACACAACCAAACUAGGCCUUUCGAUCUGCUAUCAAAAUUCAGUGAAUUAUAAUUCGUUCAUCGCAACAUUCUUCAAAAUCAUCACCUUAUUGAUAGUAUCGUCACUUGCGAAGCAAGAUGAGCAAACAAUUAAAUGUUGGUAGUCAAGCAGCAGGCCAAGCCGAUAACUUAUUUGGCCAUAUGAACAACUCGAUAUCUGAUCCAAUAGCAGAUGAUCUAUCAACUGACGACAGUGAGUUGAGCGCGAAUAGCACUUGUGCACAGAUCGGGUUUCAUCUAGACCAUCUGCAUGAAAUAAGACGCAUUCGUCUAAAAGCAAUCGAUGAGCGGGAAGCUUUAGAGCUAUUAAUUGAGAAUAAGAAAUAUGAAAUUAGAAAAGCGCAACUAUCUUCGACACUGAAAGUGUACCCUGAAGAGAAUGAGCAAGUGUGUGAGUUGAAUCAAUCUGUAUCGUACCAGCUACCAGAACCAUUUGAAUAUGCUUUGAGUGAUGAGGCGAACAGCACGGUACCACAACAGAGUAUUCAACUUACACCACAACAAAUAGCCUCGCGCCAAGUGUUGACAACGGAUUUGCCAAUAUUCAACGGCAAUCCAGAAGAUUGGCCAUUGUUUUACAGUCAAUAUAAAAUUUCUACUGAGGCUUGUGGAUACUCGAACGCUGAAAAUUUAGUGCGCUUACAACGCUGUUUAAAAGGGAAAGCCUUAGAGUACGUUCGCAGUCGGCUGUUUCUUCCUGAGCUGGUUCCUCGUGUGAUGGAAACACUUCAAAUGUGUUUUGGUCGCCCAGUAUUAAUUAUAAACACUUUAUUAGAUAAAAUUCGCAGAAUUGAUGCCCCUACAAUAGAUAACUUGCAAAGUGUCAUUAAUUUUGGUAUGGCAAUACAGAAUUUAUGUGACCACCUUAUAGCAAUGGAUCAGAAGGAUCAUCUCUCGAACCCAACUCUUUUGCAGGAGCUAGAAGGAAAGCUUCCAGGACAAUUAAGACUUGAAUGGGCCAGGUAUAAACAAAAGAAUCGGUGUGCGGCAUUGAUUUCAUUGAAUAACUACAUGCAAUCUUUAGUUGAAGCCGCAUGUCAAGUUACACAUCGGGAAUCUAUUCAAACUACAGAAUAUGAUAAUAUUUACGACAACAAUAAUGAGAUGUCCAGUUCAAUCUCAUCCAAUGAAGCAAUAAAAAAAUGUUUAGUCUGUAGUCGUGGAAAUCAUCGUAUAGGAGGUUGCGACACGUUCAAAUCCUUUGAAGUAGAGCGCCGUUGGAGAUUAGUUGGAGAUUUGAAACUGUGUAGAUGCUGCUUAAAUCAACAUAACAGUAGAAUGUGCAGGUUUACACGGCGAUGUGGAAUAGAACGAUGCGAGUUGUUACACCAUCCUUUACUCCACCAAUAUCCAAGAGCUUCUAAUUCGCGCGGAAAUGAAUGAACUGUAACAAAUCUUUUCACACUAUGUUACGGGGGUGGGGAUGUUACCGCGACGGUAGCUCUUGGUUACCCUAUACACAGAGAUGCGUCAAAUGCAAUCGACCCAGCAAGCACUGACAGAUAAAAGACGAUCGUGAACAAACAAUAGUCAUAUUAUAUUCCUCUUUGAUUGAAUCAAGAACCAAGAAUUAUUUGAUUUAGAAUAGAAACUUCAUUUACAUUUAUAAUAUUGUUUUCGGUUUGAGACCACAAUACCCGAACUAGAUCAAUCACUGAUGAUUGUGAGUAGAGUGAAAUUAUUAUUGUACCAUUUUAUUAAUAAAUUUUAUUCAGUUGAAGCUGAUCAACACAACCAAACUAGGCCUUUCGAUCUGCUAUCAAAAUUCAGUGAAUUAUAAUUCGUUCAUCGCAACACUGGUGAUCAUGAAAAUGAGUAUUCGAUUAUUUAGUAUCCCUUAAAAGGAAGGUUGUACCGUAUAAAAGAGAAGAAGUUAGAACGAAGACUUUUUUAUGCAAUAACACAUUUCAGAUGUUUGGCAAAAUUCCCCCUAGACUAGUACCUACAAUUCCUCGUUAAUACGAACGGCCGAUAAACUGAAGGUAUCGUGGUCGAUUUCAUUUUCUAGUUACCCGCAGCAUUUUCUGCUAUUUUCGUAUCAUUCAGCUGCGUAGCUCAUAGCACACGAUGAGGUGCCACAUACCACGUUUGAUUCAUCGAAGAAUGGCACAAUUGUAGCGUGAAGUAGCCUUACCUUCAAUUAGCCAAUUCUACAGAAUAGCUCACAUGUUGGGUCUUACGGAAAGAUACUAAUCCUAUCGGUAGCAGUAAGGCGUUUCCCUCCUCAGUGAGUGUUGUCGAGAUAAAACAUUAACGUGUUUAGCAAUACUCUGCCAGAAUGUCUUUCGUGAGAAUUCGCAACCCGGGCACUUCUUUGGUUUUAUACUCACGCAAUUCUUGCUACACCAGAAUCUGUUAAAAUUUCAAGCCAUUGUUGGAGAAAUCUGCAAUUCUCAAUUGAGCGAACGAUUUUGAGUGCUUUAAGAUUUUGUUUCUCGUACUCUGUUGGAGAGAUAGUUUACCUCGGAGUUCACGUUGAAGUUAUGGUUGCGGUCAGCCGUAGGUUCGACCUGGACAAGAGUCAAUCAGAAAACUUGAUGAAAAAACAAGUUUGGCUUGGAGGAUAAAAACCAGGACAAUUCAAGUUUUUUCCUCGGCAUACCAGGACACCUUGAUAACUUUUGGAUGGCAGUCUGGUACUUCGAGGCGGCCAGCAUGGACCUACGCUUUCACAUGACAAUAUCCAUUAGCUGCAGAUACUUUUCGACGGUUUGUCCGGUAGCACUGACAUCUUAGCACUAAGCACGGAAGAUUUUCACCACAUUCCCCUCGAUUUUGUGCUCAAACUUUUGCUGUACUUUCCAGGCACGCACGACUAUCGGACGGCUGGAAUCUGGCUUACUCUCGACGUUCUUUUCAUCAUCCAGCAAGGGUAGUUGCCGGAUCUAGUUCCCAUCGCCACAAAAUGCUCUACGAUGCCGAAUUUCUUCAUCCCGGUGUGCAGAAGAAGAACAUACCAUUUAAUGAAGGUUUUUCGUAGUUUUCGUCACGGUAACCACAAAACAAUUCUUUUUGCGGACCAAAUUUGAGUUGAAUCCAGUCAAGAUGGGCAAGUUGUUGGCUAGCGGGGGGCUAUUUACCAACUCGAAUGUGCUAAUUGGGGUGUAUCAUAUUGGGUAUAAAUGAGUUAGGCAUGUCCUGAUACUGAUGCUUGUUUUCGUGAGCCAUUUAGCUCCCCGCUUCGUCCCGAUCUAUUUCCCGGCGGUUGACCUAGCCAACUCAACGAGCAAGUCAGUAGGUGGCGAGGUCUGUUUAGCGAUUCCGGGUUCCCUGAUGCCCCAACGACCCACUGCUAGUUGUUCGACGCGGUCUACUCGAUCAAGUCCCCGGCGGCGGAUCUAGCCCACUCACGAGCUACCCGGUACGGUGUCGAGGUCGGUCCGGUGAUUCCGGUGGAACCUGGCGUCGGGUUCGCUGGUGCCCUGUUACGCGUAUUACUCAACUGGUCCCGGAGCGGUGAAUCUAGUCAACUCCGGCGGAGCGUUCCCUUGCGGCGAAGUUUUCCCGAACCCGAUUUGUUGUUUCAAGGCCGUUAUCUAGUCGGCGGCGCUACUUCGCCAUUUUCCUCAACUGUACUCGUCACUAUUCCGUUGACCGCAUUCCAGAUAUACUCAUCGUGACACAAUUCUUUGACGAUGUUGUCAACUGUCAUGCCGGGUAUACCCUUACGAACUUCUUCGAAUCUUCAAAGGGCAUUUGAAGACCACGUGUUCCGGUGUCUCUUGCACUUUGACCCACUCCGGACAAAAGGGUAACGAAGCAUGUCUAAAUCAAUGCAGGUACUUUCGGAAGCAUCCGUGCCCGGACACAAACGGCGUCAAAUGGAAGUUCACCUCUCCAUGUUUCCUAUACAACCCAUGCCGAAACAUUUGGGAUGAGUCGGUAGGUCCACCUUCCUUUCUUUGCGUUAUCACAAUUUCACCUGCCACUUAGCCAACGAGUUCGCUCUGAUCAAUCUACUUGCAUUUCGUGCAAUCCUCCGCUGGUAGCGUUACACGUCCUCAGCCAGACUGAUGCAGGUGGGAGUCAUCCCGACAAUGACGCAUACCGCCUCUGACGAUAUCGUUAGGUAGGCUGGCUGCGACUGGCGAUAAGCGUAUCGCUGCUAUCUGUGUACCACUAUACGCCUUCCUUAAUCUGAUUAACAUUUGCUGCUUCUCCAGGUUACAUCGCUCUAUUAGUGCGUUCCUCACUUCGUCUUCCAUCGUGAUCUAGUCCAGAUUCCUGCACUCGACCACUGCUUCGUAAACCAAAUCUCUCUUGUUCGCUUCUCCUCCCACCGCUACUGUUACGAGUUCCCGAGCCUUUUCUUUCUGCUUUUUUCUCACCGACCUUUUGGGCUUUUUCUGUUCGUUCUCCGCUCCUAGAAUUUCCCAUACUAUUUUCACGGAACGGGAAUACCGGUCACUCUUCGGCGUCUCAUAGGCUUCUGCUGUAGUAAUGCCACCUAUUCGCUUUCGGCACAUUCCUGUAUGGCUGUAGGAAAGCUAGCUGUGGGUAAAGAAUUAGUUCUCUUCCCCUGCGAGGACAAUCUGUGCCGUAAACUUCAGACUGUCCACUUUACUGAGCCCUUCGGCUCCCUUGUGCCAUUAGUACAAUUUCCUCGAUGAGCCAUUCAACUCCCAACUUGUUCGCGAACUACUCGGUCUAGUCCCUGAAGACUAGCCUACUCCGGCGGAGAGUUCUCUGGUGAGAGAAGCAGUGUCUGUUUUUUUGUUUUGGUUUUAUUUGGUGGUAAAGCUUUCACACGUUCAGUAGUUAGAUCACACUACCGAUUUCAUUCAUCAUGUGCCAGAGUUAGGGGCUCUGAACAGAGAAGAUUAUUCUGAAUCCUACUCUUCUAACCAUCUAGAAGACCGACAUUUGCUAUCCCCCGCAUUCCAUUUGGAAUCAUCGAAACAUGGCGGUGCGGGGAGGUGGAGGGGUCGUGCUAGUUCACAGGUUUUAUCAGCGCCGUAUCAGUCCUGCACGGCAUGAUAUUGUACAUGAGCUCCUAUCUGUGUUGACCAGUUUGAUGUCGUGAUCGAUCCAGAAUUUCGGGUGGUGGAGGAUUGCGCCCUGUUCACUGCUGACGCCUACGCCUUGAAUCAAGCCGGCGAUUUGCUACGGACUGCUCGGAAUAGUCCUGCUCCGACGUUCCCCGGCAGUGGAAGAUCUCCCGAAACAUAUGCUACCCGGGCAGAUGCUGAGGUCGGUCCUGCGGUUCUGGGGCGAAGGUGAGUUUCAGUUCAUAGGCGCCCCAAUACCCAUUUACCAUUUACUUCACGAUCUACGUCUACAUCGAAAUCGUUAUCACGAUGCUGGUCAGCUAGGUGCCAAGUUCAGUCCUGCGAUUCCGAAGGGAGGAUGACUUAAGGCUCUCAGGUAUUCCAGUGAUCGUGCAUUCACUCUAGUCCCCGGCGGUGGAUCUAGUCUACUCCGGUCGCGCCCGUUAGUCUCGUUUAUCUUUCUUCAACAGACUGACUUGUCGGAUGUCAACAUCGCUAUGGCGAUUUUGGUUGGUGAGUGAUUUUCGGUCCAUUAGUGCCCCGACGACCCAGAGCCCUGUACUGCUACGUUACUGGUCGUUGUCCCUCUCGCUAUCUUCGUUGCAACGUUGACAUGACACCCACACAAGUCGUAGAAGUCCCGCGUAUCUGUGCAUCAAUGUGGAGACGCUCGCUAGUAGUCGAUUUGUACUGCUGCUGAUCGCCCAAUUGUUGAUCCGAUACACUCUCCGAACGAAGUUCUCACCUGCUGCACUGCGUUUCGGUUGCUUAUCGAAACCAUCUAGAUUUUGAUAUGAGCUAACACCAGCUUCUUCUCGCGCAUCCAGUCUUCCACGUCAUCUAUCGCCUCCGUGGCGAGUACUUCUACUUUGUAUAGUGAUUCACCGAUCGCUAGGAGCACCACGUUGUCCGCAAAACCAACAAUGGUAAUGCCCCUGGUGAGGCUCAGCAUCAGCAUUCCGUCUUGCAUAUCGAGUACGGAACCCUGUGGAAUUGUGUCGAUCAGUUACCGGUUCGAAAAGUAGCUCCUCAAAGAUACUCAGCAACUCUCAGUCUGUUUAGUGAAUCGGAAGCCUAACUAGCGCUGUUGAAGACGAUUUUUACGUCCAGCGUAACCACUCUCCAGAAACAGUUUACUCUUCUGUUUUGCUUCUGAGUAGUCUCCAUAGUUUCUAUGACCGUUCGUAUGGUAACCAGGGCGGACCUACUUUGCCGGAAGCUGAACUGCAUAUUGGAUAGGACAUUCUCUCUCUCCGUGUAUGUUGUAAGCCUGUUAAAGAUUAAUCUUUCAAGUACCUUGCCAAUUGCAUCCUACAGGCUGAUCGCCCCGUAUGCUGAAGGAUCUUGUGGCUUCAGCAACAACACCAGCUUUUGUCGCUUCCAGAUGUCAGGGAAGUUACCACCGUCGAUACACUUUUCCAUCGCGGUCCUGAACAUAUCCGGGUUCAACUUUGAAGGUUUAACAACCUCAAACAAGCUUUCCAAAAUAAAAAAGCGCAUAUUUUGAUAUAGUGAUUUUGGUGAUGAUAUCUCCUAGAAGUAAUUAUAGAGAAGUAACACUUCAAAAAUAGUAAGAGAUUUGGUGUCUUCAGCAAAAUUGUUGAUAAAGUCAGGCUGCAUAACAUGCAAUAUAUCGAGAUACAAAACAAUAUGAAAGAAAUUUUCUUAAAGCCAGUUCUUUUCAGUAAACCUAGACUUUAGAGACUACCUUGGAUACAAUGUGAAUUUUAUUGUUAAGACACAGCAGAAGAUCAAUUACAGAAUAACUUGCUUUAAAAAUUUUCUUUCACCUAAACACAUAUAAUAUAUUUCGAUGUUUUGAACACACAGAGUAUUUGCGUUAGCGAGUAAUAAUUAUCGAUCCUAUAACCUUUUAUUGUACAAAAGAUACUCCAUUCCAACACAAGCAAACCUGCGCAAUAAUCCCCGACAGUUUUGGAAAUUCGUGAACUUCAAGCGGAAAGAGAACGGAUUACCUACUGAUUUUUGAAGAAGCAGAGUGCUAGUCUGGCUUCGGAGAAGUGUGACCUAUUCGCCACCCACUUUAAAAGCGCAUUCAAUGAAACUAUUUCAUCUGCUGAUCAAAUUGCGCGUGCUUGUAGAGACACUCCAUUAAAUAUUUGUCCUUUGAGAAACUUCACUGUUACAGAUCGUCAGGUUAUAGCAGCAAUCAGUAAGCCAAAAUAUUCAGUCACUCCUGGUCAUGAUGGCAUACCUUCAUGUGUUCUCAAGAAAUGCACGGAUGCAUUAAUUUUGCCGUUGACAACUCUAUUCAACAAUUCCUUUAGGCAGUGUUGUUAUCCUUUCAGCUGGAAAAGGUCAGUUAUGUUUCCUGUAUUCAAAAAAGGAGAUCUGCGAAAUGUUGAAAAUUACAGAGGAAUUACAUCGUUGUGUGCCUGCUCCAAAGUUUUUGAGAUCAUAAUGAACGAUGUGCUCUCUGCAUCCAGGCAAAGCUACAUUUCUCCUGAUCAACAUAGAUUCAUCCCAAAAAGAUCAACCUCCACGAAUCUCGCUCAGUUUGCUUCAUUCUGCUUGCGUAACAUGGGCGUUGGUGCUCAGAUCGACACUGUAUAUACCGACUUGAAAUCAGCAUUUGACAGAGUUGAUCACGCAAUACUUCUGGAACGGUUGAAAUUAAUAGGAGUGUCUUUUGAUCUGAUUCGUUGGCUCGAAUCAUAUCUGAGAGAUCGAACACUUGUAGUAAAAAUUGGAUAUGUGUUCUCUGCCCCAUUUUCGAACAACUUGGGUGUUCCUCAGGGAAGUAAUAUGGGCCCACUCUUAUUCACACUCUUUAUCAAUGAUCUACAGUAUUACCACCGGGUUCUCGUAUAUUUUACGCUGAUGAUGUUAAAUUAUACAUGAUCGUCAAGUGCAUCAGUGAUUGCUUAGCUUUACAACAGCUCUUGGAGACUUUCAAUGACUGGUGCUCCUUAAACUUGCUUACAAUUAGUAUUCAUAAGUGCAGUGUAAUAUCGUAUCAUCGCAAGCACAAACCAAUUUCAUACGACUAUUGUAUUGGAGAACAGCAUCUUGAGCGUGUACUACAAGUGUGUGACCUUGGAGUCACUUUGGAUUCUGCACUCACUUUCCGACCUCAUUUCGAUUAUAUUAUUAACAAGGCAAACCGCCAGAUGGGAUUCAUGUUUAAAAUUUCUAAUGAAUUUAAGGACCCUCUCUGUCUCCGUUCACUUUACUGCGCAUUGGUACGGUCAAUAUUGGAAUCUAACUCCGUAAUAUGGUGUCCGUAUCAAGCAACAUAGAUAGCAAGAAUUGAAGCAAUUCAAAGAAAAUUCGUUCGUUAUGCACUAAGACGCCUUCCGUGGCAGGACCCUAUUAAUCUUCCGCCAUGCGAAAACCGCUGUAGAUUAUUAGGUCUACACACGCUUGAAGCGAGAAGGAGAGUAGCCUAAGCUGUUUUUGUCGCUAAGAUUCUUCUAGGAGAGUUAGAUACGCCAGAAUAGUUGGCCCAACUCCACAUCUAUGCACCGGAACGUGUACUCCGUCAACGAAGCUUUUUGCUGUUGGAACACAGGAACUCCCUGUAUGGUAGCCAUGAUCCUAUUCGUUUCAUAUCUGCCACAUUCAACGAAGUGUUUGCGGAUUUCGAUUUCAACGUGUCAUCUACUACCUUCAAAAACCGGCUAUUAAGUAGUUUCUGACUUACCAGAUAUUUCCUGACGACAUUUUAAUCUGUAUUUUUAUUUGUUGCUUUUGUUUAUAUUUUUUUAUAUUGUUUAUUUUAUUGUAUUAGUUUGUUUUUGUUAUAUUUAUUUCUGUAUUUAUUGUUAAGUUCUGUAUUGUGUAUUUGAAAAGAUAUGGGGUUUUUACGCCAAUUUGAGUAUAGUCAAUGUUUCACUCAAAUUGGUUUUUCCCCAUCCCUUCAUAUUCAUUAAGACCAACUAGGUCAGAUGAAAAAUAAAUAAAUAAAUAAAUUUAUGUCUUCUUCAAAAUUAGUUAUGGAAUGUCUUCAACAAUUUUUUUUUCAUUUUGAAUAUAGACGCGUUAACGUUAGGGUCUUUCGGCUCUUUUACCAGGUUAGAAAAAUUUCUAACCUUAUGUGCGAGGGUUGGGAAUCGAAUUUAGGUGACAUGCGUACAAGGCAAUCGACGUACCAACUACGUUUUGUCUAUCCCAUUCAACAAAGUUGUUUGAAAUAGCAUUUUGAAAAACUUUGCUGAAGACAUUAAAUCUCUAACUAAAUUUGUUUGAAGAAAAAUAUUUUAUAAUUAUAAUUACUUCUAAGAGGAUUAUUCUUUAAGUGUUAUUAGAAGAUGUGCGUUGUAAUGUACUUCAAAGAUACUAAACAUACAAAGUUGACAGUUCCGAAAUAGUAUGUUCGAGACCGUAAACACUUUUUUCGAGCAGUAAUUUUACUUUUCUUUACUAUUAAUCCUCCAAAACGAGUCCUCGUAUACAACAAUUCUCGAGUACUUUUUCAAAUGGACGUAAGUAACAAUGAGAGAUUCUCUUUGAGGUCUUUCUCUUCUGUUCAUUACUCGGCCAUUUCAACAUUUACUACUCUACUCUUUGCAUAAUAUUGUAGUAAAAACCGUCGGCUUUCGAUAUGUACUGGAAAAUUAGUACAAAGUGUUGUAAUGACGUCGUAAUAAACGAAAGAGAAAGUAAACAAAGAGAGGCUCUCAAUGUUACUUACGUCCAUUUGAAAAAGUACUCGAGAAUUGGUUACAACAUUCAAUUCAACACUCAAAUAUACGCCAUUAAAAUCCACGAACUUAAAAUAUUUUGGAAUUUUUGUUAUUUCCGAUCCUGCUAAGAAGCCAUAAAUGAAAUAUAAAUGAUUAUACAAUAAAAAUCAAAUGCUCAUAAAAACUGACCUCGACCAAACGGAAAACGUAAUGUUUCAUCGUUUUCGUUCUACUUUCCAAAAUAUUAUUAUCGUUGUCAAUCACAUUGAGUUUUUGUGACAACUCUGCGCAUUUUUCAAAAAUACAUGUUUAGCAAAUAUUGAAAUGCAUGUAAUUUUUCGGUGAGCCAGUUCGUGUUUAUAAACAGUAGAAAUUAAUCUAACUUCGCUUCGAAGCAUUGUCCCCAAUUCAUAUUCAUCUCUUAAAAAAGAGCUCAUGAUAAUUUGACAACUAUAGGACGUCGGCUAAGAGUUCAGUUACAAGAUCCAAUUCCCACUAUUUUCCAAAAGUCCUCAAAAGGUUCGCAAUGUAGUGAUCAGACAGUAUUUAUCCUAAAUUAUUAUUGUAUCAUAUUUGAUUAAAUUAGUCUGCAUUAGAUUUUUGUCGUAAUUGACCACUGCUCUGUUGGCAUGGUUUCAUCGCACGCUCAUGCUAAGGCCGUUAUCAGAGCUUAAAAAAUGACAUGCCUGCGUGAGCUUGAAAGAGAAACGAAAUUCAAUUCAUGCCCGCCGCGAUGAAUGUAAUAUUUGGUUCGUUCCCCUCGUCAUUCGUUCUCCCGACACAGAGUGCAUUCAGGUGCGGAUAUGUCCGGUUUCAGAAGCAAACUGAAUAUCGUUUUUAUGCUAACUCUGAGAAGGAUUUUUGAACAAAAGUACACCAGAUCUAGAUUUUAAUUCGUAAAUUUUACAUGGUUCAAUGCGUUAGCUCAGAGGAGUCCCGGAUCUUUUAUAUAUUUAUUAGAUGUUAAAAAUAACCCUUACAAUUAUUUUUAUUUAGAACCUGUGGAAUCCCGUGCCAUUGUGGGUGAAGAUCUUUUUUUGGCGGCGGGAAAAUGUUCGUUUUUCACCCUUCUUCGAGGUCAUCCACUUCUCUCUCGUUGUUGUUUACACCCAUAUCUUCAUCUUGAUUGCUGCCUUGAUACUCGCGAUCAGAUGUUAUUUUUAGCUACUUGCCGUUGCGGGACACGAGUGUGAUCUCUCCAUCUUUGGUAGUAGCUUCAGCAGCCCCCAAUUUGGCAACCGUUUGUGGAACAGGUAAAGAGAUUGAAGCUUGGGUGUUGGCAUUUAUUUCUGUAGAUGAGCUUUCCUCGAUGGUUUCUGGCAUGUGUUCUGUUCACAGAACUGACACUGAAUAUUAGUUUGUCCUUGAUAUGUAUAGUAAUUUUUUUUUUUUCGUUCGCUUUGCAUUGGCUCAGACAGAAGCAGAAGCAGUAUUGCUAUCUCAAAGGAAUCGUUGAUGUAGUCAAAUCUAGUGAAGUAUAGUCAAGUCCAUUUAUUUAAAAUAAAAGUACAAGCGGAACAAGUUACUUCGAUUCAAUAACUCGUCGACUUGUGAAAUUAUUUUUGCCAUAAUCAUGUCAACUUAACGACCCUAAAUCCUGCACAUCCAAAAACGCUUCCGUUAAAUCCUCCAUAUGACACACCGCACGCCAUCUUAUCACAUUGUCGAAACGCUCACCCAAAUAUCCAAGGAGUGACCCGUAAUGAGCUGAAAUUAGUUUUAAUUAAGACAAUCAACUGCUGACAACGGCUCAUCUGUCGGAGAGUGCAAGCAGCGGGAAAAC